AUGGCCGCUCAUGGCGCAGGUUACGCACCUGAGUAUGCGCCUGAGCCUGGGGAGUGCUCCGUGAUCCCUGAAGAGCAGCUGGCAGCAUGGCUAGAGAAACUGAAGCUGACCAGCUACGCUGCGAAGGCCAAGACCUGGUGCCAGACCAUGGGAGCGGUGAGCGUUCACGAGAUCUUGGAGAACUGGGGGGACUUCGCCGAAGCAUGCAGCCUGAAGCCAUUGGAGCGCAGGCGCGUGGAGAAGGAUGCAGCCGCUGUGGUGGGAAGCGAGGCGGCGCCAGCGCCAGCCGAGGCCGCAAAGUCGCGACCGUCCACGCCUUCCGGAUCGGCCGUUCCAUCAGUAGCCAGUUCUGCAAACCACUUCGGUCCCAAGGAGGAUCCGGAGAAGUACGCGAUGCUGGAGGAGCUUGGCUCAGGGGCAACUGCGACCGUGUGCAGGUGUGUGCGCAAGAAGGACAGCAAGCAGUUUGCCGUCAAGAGCAUCAACAUUGGAAAGCUCCGGCUCCAGCCAAACUUUCAAAAAGUCUCAGAAAAGCUGCACAGAGAGGUAUCCAUCCUCUCCUCUUUGAGGCAUCCUCGGAUUGUGUCACUCUUUGACUACAUCGAGAGCCAGGAUUUUCUCCACCUGGUCAUGGAGCUGGUGGAGGGAGGCGAGCUGUUCGACCAUAUAGUGCAGAUUGGCUCGUUUACUGAGCCCGUGGCGCGGUACGUAUUCAUCCAGAUAGCCGAAGGCUUGAAGUACAUUCAUUCCCAGCAUAUUGUCUACCGCGACCUCAAGCCCGAGAAUAUUCUUGUCGACCAGAAGAAUUCCAGACAAGGCUUGCUCGAGAUCAAGCUGUCUGACUUUGGGCACUCCAAGCUCAUCCAUGACGGGUACAGCACCGCGUUAACCCGUGUUGGAACGCCACAGUACUGGGCUCCAGAGGUGUCUGAUCCCUUUCAGGCUGCCAAGGGUUACGACAAGCAAGUGGAUCUGUGGUCUCUGGGCGUGGUUUUGUACGUGAUGCUGGUGGGUGCCUACCCCUUUGAUGGCUUGGGCGAGCCCAUUGACUCGCAGAUCCGACGUGCCUCCGUUCAGUUUCCUGCGGGACGAAGGCCAAGCCAGAACGCCCAGGAUCUGAUCAAGGCGUUGAUUCAAUUCGAUCCGCUGCAACGAUUGGAUCUGGACCGAUGCCUUGCGCACCCGUGGGUUUCCACCAGUGCUGGCAGCCUCUCGAAAGUGCUGAAUGAAGUCAGGCAAGCUCCACCGGAAGAGAGAGAGGAGCCAUUCCAGCUGCCGGGCGAACCUUCCAAGGAGCAAAUCGACGGCCUCCGUCGUGAUCUCCAGCAUUGGACCUAUAAAUGGCGCUGUGGUGCUACGAUUCAGAGGAGGAAGCAAGACACCGGUGAAGCAACCUUUGUUGUCGCCAACAUGCAGCUGGGCGUAACGGAGGAGGAACGCAGGAAGGCUCGCCGAGAGUUGCAGGACCUGAUAAACUUCAACUUUCCAGGCCACGGGCUCAUCAGUGGAGGAUCCGCCGGCGCGCCCUCGACCUUGCCAUCGCUUCCAGAGGAGAGAAAGAAGAAGUCGCAUCGUCUUCUGACGCACACCUUGAAGGUUUCGCCGAAAGACGGCGCAGGCGUCGAGCUGGAACCCGAAGCCGGUGGCAUGAAAGUGAUGAAGGUUUUUCCCAAACCAGGGCAGCCUGGAUUGGAAGCGCGGGAUCUGAUUAUCAGCAUUGACGGGAUGUCCCUCCGCGGUACACCCGAGAAGGUCGAGGAUAUUUUCGGACAGCACUUCCGGGACGGAGUUCAGCUGACCAUCAAGAGAUUUCAGAAGUAG